AUGGAUUAUGCAAGCACGAGCACAAAUGAACGUCAAUCUCAAAAUGAAAGAAAUGAUGGAAGAUCAGUAGUCAUUGAUUUAACAAAUGAAGCGUCAAAUGACACGGAUUAUCUGUCAGAUUUGGUUGCUUCGGAAGAAGAAUACUACGAUCUUGGUGAUCCAGUUUGUCGGUGUGAAUUUUGCAAUGCAUUAUUUUGGUAUGAUGAAAGAAAAGGGAAGUCUUGCGAUACUGAAAAUCCAACGUACUCAUUGUGUUGUCGUAGUGAUAAAGUAAAACUUCCAAAAAUUAAUCAUCCUCCAACAUUGUUGCAUAACUUUCUUCAUGGAAAAGAUGCAAAGAGCAAACAUUUUCAAGAUCAUAUUCGAUCUUAUAAUAGUAUGUUUGCAUUUACAUCAAUGGGAGAAAAGAUUGAUUUGAGUUUAAAUACUGGCAAUUCACCGCCAACAUUUCGAUUGCAUGGUCAGAACUAUCAUUUGAUGGGCAGUUUAAUACCAUCUGAAGGUGCUACACCAAAAUUUGCUCAACUUGAUAAAAACAAUUUACAUGCUGAAAUUGUUUCUGAUUUGAAGAUAAUGUUGGAUGAAAAUAAUGUGUUAGUGAAGACAUUUAGAAUGGCAAAAGAGAAGAUUAUUGAUCAAGGUCAAUCUGAUGUCAAGAUAAAGCUUAUUGGUAGACGACAUGGUGAUGCUCGAACAUAUAAUCUACCAACCGUAUCUGAAGUGGCUGCUUUAGUAGUUGGUGAUUUUGAUGAAUCAAUGGGGGAUAGAGAUUUAAUUGUUGAAACACAAACCGGAGAACUCAAGCGCAUUAAUGAAUUACAUGCAGAGUAUCUUGGUUUGCAGUAUCCAUUGUUAUUCCCAUAUGGUGAAGAUGGAUUUCGUGAAGAUAUUCCUUUAAAUGUGCCGGGAAGUUCAAGUGGUAAUAACGCUUGCAGUAUUGUUACUAUGAAAGAUUACUUUGCUUUUCGGUUGCAUGAAAGAGAAUCUGAUGCGACGACAAUUUUGACUUCUAAACGUCUAUUCCAACAGUUUGUGGUUGAUGCAUACACUAUGAUUGAAUCAUCUAGAUUGAUGUAUAUACGCAUGAAUCAGAAAAAAAUGCGGGCUGAUUUGUAUAAAGGCCUCACAGAUGCUCUAAUAAGAGGUGAAACAAAUCCAGCAACCAGAGGAAAAAGAGUGAUAUUGCCAUCAAGUUUUGUUGGGGGAGCUCGAUACAUGGUGCAAAAUUAUCAAGAUGUGAUGGCUAUAUGUAAAUGGGCUGGAUAUCCUAAUCUAUUCAUCACAUUUACAUGUAAUCCAAAGUGGCCUGAGAUUGUUAGAUAUGUUGAAAAACGAGGAUUGAAACCGGAAGACCGCCCUGAUAUUGUUUGUCGGGUUUUCAAAAUGAAGUUGAAUAAUUUGAUUAAUGAUCUACGUAAAGAGAAAAUAUUCGGCAUUGUGAGAGCAGUUGUAUACACUAUUGAAUUUCAAAAAAGAGGACUUCCACAUACACAUAUUCUGCUCUUCCUUUGGAAUGAAGAUAGAAAUCCUUCACCAGAUAAUAUCAACGAAAUUAUUUCAGCUGAAAUACCGGACAUGGAUUUAGAUCUAAAGUAUUAUACAGCUGUACAUGAUUUCAUGCUUCAUGGUCCAUGUGGAGUAGCAAAUAAAAAUUCGCCUUGCAUGGCAAAUGGUCGUUGCACAAAAUAUUUUCCCAAAAAAUAUGUUGAGACAACGAGUGUUGAUGAAGAUGGUUAUCCAGUAUAUAGGCGUAGAAAUAAUGGGAGAACAAUUUUGAAGAAUGGUGUGCCUUUGGACAAUAGAUAUGUUGUUCCGCACAAUCGUUAUCUUCUAAUGAAGUAUGGAGCACAUAUAAAUGUUGAAUGGUGCAAUCAGUCACGGUCGAUCAAAUAUUUGUUCAAGUAUAUCAACAAAGGAAAUAAUCGUGUUACUGCAUGUUUCUAUAAGAGCACGGAUGAUGGACAUAUGGAAAAGAAUGUGGAUGAAGUGAAUAUGUAUUAUGAUUGCAGAUACAUAUCACCAUGUGAGGCUGCAUGGCGAAUCUUUGGAUUUAAAAUACAGUACAAAGAUCCUCCCGUUGAAAGGUUAAGUUUUCAUCUUCCGAAUGAGCAAAACAUAAUAUUUUCAGAGUCGGAUACAUUAGAUGAGGUUUUGAGUAAACCUACAAUUGGACAAACCAAGUUCUUAAAGUGGUUUGAGGCAAGUGGACCUACAUGUUAUGCGGACAUAAGAACUGUUAAUGGGAUUGUAUAUGGUUCAUUUAAGGAAGCUUGCUAUGCAAUGGGAUUGUUGAAUGAUGAUAGAGAAUACAUUGAUGGUAUAGUUGAAGCAAGUUGUUGGGCAUCUGCUAAGUCUUUAAGAAUGUUAUUCGUCACAUUAUUGUCGUCCGACUCUUUUGGAAGCAUAGCAGAUGUUUGGAAUGCAUGCUGGAUAUAUUUAUCAGAUGAUAUCUUAUACAAUCAAAGAACUAUGCUGCAUCAUCCAGAACUACAACUAACUGAAGAUCAAAUCAAGUGUUAUACACUUGUGGAAAUUGAAAAACUGUUGAGUAGUUUUGGAAGGACUUUGCGAGAGUUUGAAGGCAUUCCUUAUCCAAGUUCUGAAUUCUUCGAAACUGAUCAAAAUAAAUUGAUCAGUGAUGAACUAAGAUAUGAUCGAAAAGCAUUAACAAAUGAACACAAAGCUUUGAUUUCUAAGCUUACCGAUGAACAACGAUGUGUUUAUGAUACUGUUAUUAAUGCGACACGGUCAAAUUAUGGAGGAAUGUUUUUCAUAUAUGGGUAUGGAGGUACGGGAAAAACAUUCAUAUGGAACACUCUUUUAGCAGCUCUAAGGUCAAAGGGAGAAAUUGUUUUAAAUGUUGCUUCGAGUGGAAUUGCGUCCCUGUUGUUGCCUGGUGGAAGAACAGGUCAUUCACGAUUCAAAAUUCCCAUAAAUGUCAAUGAGGAUUCCAUGUGCAACAUCAAUCAAAGUUCUCCACUUGCAGAAUUGAUUGUUAAGUGUAAGCUUAUUAUUUGGGAUGAGGCACCGAUGAUGCACAAGUUUUGUUUUGAAGCAUUGGAUCGAAGUCUACGAGAUAUAAUGCGGUUUGUCAAUCCGUCAAGUGCAUCCACCCCUUUUGGAGGAAAGACAGUUGUGUUCGGGGGUGAUUUCAGACAGAUACUACCUGUUAUACCAAAAGGAAGUAGGCAAGAUAUUGUUUUUGCAACAAUAAAUUCUUCAUAUCUCUGGAGAUAUUGCAAGGUUUUACGGUUGACAAAAAAUAUGAGGCUUAAAAAUAUGGGCUCCAGUGCUGAAGCUGUGGAGUUGGAAGAGUUCUCUAAAUGGAUUGCGAGUAUAGGUGAUGGAACAAUUGGAAGUGCGAAUGAUGGUAAUGUCAAUAUUGAUAUUCGAACAAAUUUUUUGAUAAAAUGGUCUGGAAAUCCAAUUGAUGAAAGACGUUUAUAUAGAAGCUCAGACUCAACUUCAAGAUCAGAUUCAAUCACUGAUUUGGUACAACAGGUGCAUACCCCAGAAUUCUUGAAUAGCAUCAAAUGUUCAGGAGUACCAAAUCAUGAAAUAUAUUUGAAGGUUGGAACUCCGGUUAUGUUGUUGAGGAACAUUGAUCAUGCAAAUGAAUUGUGCAAUGGAACUCGAUUGAAAAUAACAAGACUUGGACAACAUGUUUUGGAAGCACAAAUUCUUACGGGAGAUAAUGCAAAUACAAAAAUUUUGAUUCCAAGAAUGUCAUUGACUCCUGCUGAUCCAAGAUUGCCAUUUAAGUUUGAACGACGACAAUUCCCCCUGAUUGUAUCUUAUGCAAUGACGAUCAACAAAAGUCAAGAGCAAUCGUUUUCUCAUGUUGGUUUAUUCUUGCCAAGAUCAGUUUUUACACAUGGCCAAUUGUACGUUGCAGUGUCAAGAGUACGAAGUCGAGCAGGACUUAAAAUAUUGCUUUCUGAAGAUGGUAGAAAUGAUGAUACUACUACUACAAAUGUUGUGUAUAGGGAAGUUUGUCAAAAUGUAUGA